UCGACGGCCGGCAGGCAGCUUCGGGGCCUGACGGGAUUGUGGCGGUCUUCUCUCCCAACUCGGAAGCUGCGGCUACCUCCAGACGCUCUCAAGAUGGCGACCUCUCUGGGUUCCAACACCUACAACAGGCAGAACUGGGAGGAUGCGGACUUCCCUAUUCUGUGCCAGACGUGUCUUGGAGAAAACCCAUAUAUCCGAAUGACCAAAGAAAAGUACGGGAAGGAAUGCAAAAUCUGUGCCAGGCCGUUCACAGUGUUUCGUUGGUGCCCCGGGGUCCGCAUGCGUUUCAAGAAGACUGAAGUUUGCCAGACCUGCAGUAAAUUGAAGAAUGUCUGUCAGACCUGCCUCUUGGACCUAGAGUAUGGCUUGCCCAUCCAGGUUCGUGACGCAGGAUUGUCUUUUAAGGAUGACAUGCCAAAGUCCGAUGUCAACAAAGAAUACUAUACACAGAAUAUGGAGCGAGAAAUUUCUAACUCUGAUGGAACACGGCCAGUUGGCAUGUUGGGGAAGGCCACAUCCACCAGUGACAUGCUGCUCAAACUGGCCCGGACCACGCCCUACUACAAAAGAAAUCGGCCCCACAUUUGCUCCUUCUGGGUGAAAGGAGAAUGUAAGAGAGGAGAGGAGUGUCCAUACAGACAUGAGAAGCCAACAGAUCCAGAUGACCCCCUUGCUGAUCAAAACAUUAAAGACCGAUAUUAUGGAAUCAAUGACCCUGUGGCAGAUAAACUUUUAAAGCGGGCAUCAACAAUGCCUCGUCUGGACCCACCAGAGGACAAGACUAUCACCACACUGUAUGUUGGUGGUCUGGGCGAUACCAUUACUGAGACAGAUCUAAGAAAUCACUUCUACCAGUUUGGAGAGAUCCGGACAAUCACUGUUGUGCAGAGACAGCAGUGUGCUUUCAUCCAGUUUGCCACAAGGCAGGCUGCAGAAGUGGCUGCUGAGAAGUCCUUUAACAAGUUGAUCGUCAAUGGCCGCAGGCUCAACGUGAAAUGGGGAAGGUCCCAAGCAGCCAGAGGAAAAGAAAAGGAGAAGGACGGAACCACAGACUCUGGAAUCAAGCUAGAGCCCGUUCCAGGGCUACCAGGAGCUCUUCCUCCUCCUCCUGCCGCAGAAGAAGAGGCCUCAGCCAACUACUUCAACCUACCCCCCAGCGGUCCUCCAGCCGUGGUGAACAUCGCCCUGCCACCCCCGCCUGGUAUUGCCCCGCCCCCACCCCCAGGUUUUGGGCCACACAUGUUCCACCCAAUGGGACCACCCCCUCCUUUCAUGAGGGCUCCAGGACCAAUCCACUAUCCUUCUCAGGACCCUCAGAGGAUGGGAGCUCAUGCCGGGAAACACAGCAGCCCCUAGCACAUUAUCACCACUCUGGGGCUCUACAGAAGAGAGGGCGCUUAAAAAUCCCAGUAAAUGAAUCUUGGAAUAAAUAUAUUUUUCCUUCCUUUGUAGUUUCCAUGAUAGCGGAAUGUAUUCAGAUGUGGGCAGUUGGAGAACAACAGCCAUGC